CAGAGAAGGCUGUCAGAUUACAUUGCCCGCUGUUGCUGCACAUUUGGAUAUCAGCUAUGGAUCUGCACAUGGCACACUGCAUGAUUACUUGGGGUACUCAAGAUGGAUACCCAAACAGCUUAUUGACAACCAGCAGCACGUGGAGUUUGCGAUACAAAGAUCCAAGCAUUUUGGAGCAGAUUGUCACUAGAGAUGAGACAUGGGUCCAUCACCGUGAGCUGGAAAGCAAGAGAGAAAGCAUGCAGUGCUUCUCCAGUUAAGACGACAUUCAGAUGACAGCCCUCCACCAAGAAAAUCACGGUGACCUUCUUUUUUUGGGAUAUGAAGGGUCCAAUUCUAGUGCAUUUUCAACAACGGGAACAGUCAGUGCUCAAUGCAACAUACUGUGCUAUGCUUAGAGAGAACCUGAAACCUGCAAUUUGCAGCCAAGGAAGAGGAAUGCUGUCAAAAACAGUCUUGCUGCUCCAGGACAUCACACUUCACAAUGCAGUGGCUGCAACAGUGGGGGCAAUACAACACCCCCCCUUAGAGCCCUGGUCCAACACCAUGCGACUAUCGCAUCACAUUUCCGCUUGAAAUGCUCGACACGGUUGUGUUUUCACCCCUGAUGAUGAGGUAAAGGAAGCGGUGCACACUUGGAUUCAGGAGAAGCUGAAGGACUGAUGAAGUUAGUGGAUCAGUACGAGAAGUGCAUCAACCUGCAGGGGCACUAUGUGGAGACGUGAUAGAGCUGUUACGUUCAUCUGCGCACAGCUACUGGUAUUAAAGUGUAAGUUGCCUUUACUUUUUGAUUCUCCCUCGCAUUAUGUGGCCAAACACUGUAAUCUAAUGGACAUUGUGAAAGGCACAUUAAUCACUUGUGACAGUUCAGUGCCAUCCAACCAUUUUUUUAAGUGGUGAUAUUUCCAGGAUAUUGACAAGAUGCAUGAGCUUAAUGCAGAAGAAGAGGAGUCCACUGCAAAAACAGAAAAGACCAAAACAGUCCUGGGAGGAGCCCACAAUGCAUGGAGAGAACAUGCAAACUCCACCCAGUGGUCCCAGCUGGGAAUCACGCCAAGGAGCAGGUGUAACCCCAUGGAAGCCCAAUCCUCCAAGCCAGCCACGACUUAACUCCCCAAACAGAAAUAUAGCUAAUCCUGCUGGGAAGAUGGACACAACCUCGACUUCAGAUGACUUGAACAGAGACAUGUGUCCGGGUGAGUAAACACAGCUUUACAUGCACUUGAAAGAUAAGACUGGCAGCUUACCAGGUCAGGCGGACUCAUUAGGCAGCAUUAAAGAUCGGAGAGCAGAUGGGAUCAGUAGGUGACGUCAGAGGGCUGCCCGCGAAGCUCUGUCCUGCAGAGAUCACAUUCCUGUGCUGGCCGUGGGAGAGCCCAGCAUUCCAUCUCUGAGAUCUUUCUGCUGAGGGGCAAACUGCUGCGAUGGCUACGCCACAAAUCCGAGUGGAGGGUUUCACUGAUGCCAGUCCUGGGGAGCUGCUUGAAUUUGACUUUGGGCCUCUGUCUCACUGGGGAAUCUACUUGGGCAAUGGAGAAGUCGUCCACUUUUCAUGGCCAGAGAGCACCAUGGCCUGGUUGAGAGACAAUGCGCCUUUCAUGGUCCUUUUUACAGAAACUAUGAUCCGGCGGCAGAGGGUCAGUUCGGUCGUCGGGUUUUCCAAAGUUUAUACAAACCGCUCCUAUGACCUCAUGCUGGAUGCUCUGCCUCAAGAUGAAAUUCUGUACCGCUGUCUGAUCUUCGUUGACCGGACGCUUCCAUACCAUAUACUGAAAUUCAACUGUGAACAUUUUGCCACAUUUGUCAGAUAUGGAAAAGCUCGAUCGCAACAGGUCUCGGAGUUUGACUGUCUGCACUUGUUAUCUUAUAAUCCCACCGCAGACUUCAAGGCGGCCUACAGGGAGGCAUUAAGAGACUUCCACGAUGAGGGGCCGCAGGAGCGCCCCCAGGAGAAUCAGCUUUGCAAAGGCUGCACCAUCUAGCUGGCUGGGGAGAGAGAAACAGAAAGAAAGAGACAUCAAAAAACAAAAACGGCAGAAAAAUAAGUUUUAUACUGCUUAAUAUAUUUUUUAUUUUACACACACGGUAUUCUAGCAUCUUUUUGUCUUUCCUUUGGUGAAAACACUGAUUCUUGAUUGCUAAGCUAGAAAACCACAACUUAAAAAUGCCAGUCAACUC